UAUAAACGGCUGGACGAGAGCAUUUUAGCCUGUGCAUGCUCCCUGGGAGUAAGCAGCACACCGGGACUUCUGUGUGAGGUCCCGAUCAUGUGAUCACUGACUGGCCAAUUAGUGAUCACAUGAAUAGUAGUAAGCCAGAUGUCACUUCUGACAUUGCUUACUACGUGUGAAAUCUGAAUGAUCACAGAGGUCACAUGGUACAAGGCUAUUCACAACAGCCUUGUACCUGUGAGAGCUUCGAUUGGUCACAGCUUGUCACAUGGUACAAGGCUGUUGCCCUGUACCAUGUGACCUCGGUGAUCAUUCACUGAUUUCACACGUAGUAAGCUAUGAUGUCAGAAGCGACAUUUUGCUUUCACCUAUUCAUGUGAUAACUGAUUGGCCAAUCAGUGAUUACAUGAUCAGGACCUCACACAUAGGUCUCGUACAGCGAUCGGUGUUCCGCUGUGUCCUCCGGACACAGCGGGCACCGUAUCGCGAUGCCGCAUGCUCCCAGGGAGCGCUUACAAUCCAAAAUGGCAGGAGUCGUUUAUGAAUGGCAACCCACCCCUGCACUGCCACCGUCCGGCCAUUUAUAUACAGCGGCUGGACGGGAAGUGGUUAA